AUGAAAGAAGCUUUUCCAUCAAGUCGUCUCACUCUCGUCCCAGCAUCUACCGAAGUGGCUCGUCGUAUUUGGAUAUCUCCAUCGCCAACUCUCGAAUCGUCGAUGGAGAUGAUACCAGACACCACAUUGCACCGGGGCUUGAAGUCUCGGCACGUUCAGUUGUUGGCGCUCGGCGGGUGCAUUGGCACUGGGUUAUUCAUUGGUUCUGGUGGAGCGUUGUCGGUCGCAGGCCCGGCAUCUCUCUUUUUAUCGUACUGUAUCAUGUUGGUGGUGAUAUUCUUUGUGAUGAACAUGUUGGGGGAAAUGAUCACGUUCUUGCCGUUGCCGGGAAAUGGAGCCCAGUCAUUUGUCAAAGAUUAUGUGGAUGACUCGUUGGGGUUUGCAAUCAGCUGGAACUACAGGUACGCAUUUUCAAUCUUGGUACCAACAGAAAUCACUGCUGCCGCCUUGUUGAUAGAUUACUGGCCCAACUCCGUGCACACGGCUGUAUGGAUCACCAUUUUUCUCGUGGUGAUGGUGGGAUUGAAUUUGACUUCCGUCAAGGUGUUUGGUGAGGCCGAGUUUUAUUUCGCAUCCAUCAAGAUCUUUGCAGUCGUGGGCUUGAUUGUGUUGGGGGUGGUAUUGUUUUUUGGCGGCGGACCCAGCCACGACCGGCUUGGGUUCCGGUACUGGAAACACGGGCUUGCCUUUAAGCCGUACUUGGUCGAAGGGCCCACUGGAAGGUUCUUGGGGUUCUGGUAUGCGGUGAUUCGGUCAGGGUUUGCAUUUAUCUGCUCUCCCGAGUUGGUGGCAACCGCCGGGUCCGAGGCCAUUAAGCCUCGUGCCAACAUCCCCAAGGCAGCUUCACGGUUCAUUUACCGGUUGGGCUUUUUCUACGUGUUGGGGACUUUGGUGAUUGGAAUUAUUUGUGAUUCCCGCAGCCACCAGUUAUUGAACGGGCUGAGUGAUGCUUCUGCUUCACCAUUCGUCAUCGGCAUCAAGAACGCCGGGAUCCCAGUGUUGGAUAGUAUUAUUAAUGCUGCCAUCUUGACGUCAGCUGCUUCAUCGGGAAAUUCCUUCUUGUACUCGUCUUCUAGAGUGUUGUACUCGAAUGCGGUCAAAGGCAUAGCUCCCUCCAUAUUUAUGAGGGUGAACCGGUUUGGGGUUCCGUACUUUGCGGUGGUGACCACCAGUUUGUUUGGGUGUUUGGCCUACUUGAAUGCCUCAUCCACGUCCGCCAAUGUGUUCACGUGGCUUUCCAACAUUGCAACUAUUUCGGGAUUUUUAUCGUGGACAGCCUUGUCGGUGGCGUACAUACGCUGGCGUAAAGCCAUUUCCCACAACGAUUUGUGGCACAGAGUCACUUACAAGACUAUUCUUCAGCCGUAUGGGGCCUACUUUGUCAUUUUCUUCGUGGGGUUAAUAUGCUUAACCAACGGGUUUGCAGUAUUUUUCAACUUCAAUGGACCAGACUUCGUGGCAGCAUAUGUGACGUUUCCGAUCUUGGCAGCACUUUAUGUGUCUCACAAGGUGUACGAAUACUUCAAGUUGGGGCGUGUUCGUUUUGUAAGACCCAUUGAAGAGAUUGAUGUAACAACAAACUUGGACUUGAUUGAGCAGGAAGACGCAGGGAUUCCCGCACGGGUGCCCCGGAACCUUGUUGAAAAGGCCUGGUUCUGGUUGGCAUAA